UGUCCCUAGUGCCGUUGGUGUCGGCGGUUUGUCCCUAGGUCUGUGAGUAGCUCAGACUUCGGUUUUCCCAGGAUGACUGCCUGGGUGCCUUCUGAUGCACUGGGUCGAAGAGUCUUGUGUGGCACAGAGUAUGCAACUGUGCGCUAUGUUGGCAGUGUUCCUCCUACAGCAGGAAUUUGGCUUGGCGUGGAAUGGGAUGAUCCUCAGAGAGGAAAACAUGAUGGUACCUAUGAAAGAACACAGUAUUUUAAGUGCAGACAUCCUAGAGGAGGAUCCUUUAUCCGGCCAAACAAGGCAAAUUUUGGAGUAGAUUUUCUUACUGCAGUAAAGGAUCGGUAUGGAUUGAAUGAUGAGCAAGAUGUUCAACACGGGACAGAGAAUACAUUAGUAUUUGGAAAGAAGACUGUGGAAUUUGUUGGCAUGGAUUCUAUUGCAGAACAACAAAGCCAACUGAACCAACUGGUAGAUAUCUCCGUGCGUGACUGUGCAGUGAGCCAUGCUGGUCAGAAAGAGGAAAUCAGCAGAACAUGUGCUAAUAUCAGGCAUAUAAAUCUAUCAAAAAAUCUAAUAUCAUCUUGGGAGACAGUAACAGAUAUUGCUUCUCAAGUUCAAAAUCUGGAAACACUUAAUAUCAGUGAAAACAAAAUGAAAUUUCCAUCUACAUCAACUUCUGUAUCCAGUGUAUUUUCAAAAUUGAGGAUUUUGGCACUUAAUCAAACUGAGAUAACAUGGACAGAGGUUCUUCUUUGUGCUCCAGGAUGGCCAGCACUUGAAGAAUUGUACCUUGCUUCUAAUAAUAUUACAGUUUUGGAAAGGCCUGGUAAUGUCCUGCAGACCCUGAAGUUGUUAGACCUUUCAGAAAACCCGUUACUGGAUGGAAAUCAGCUGCAUCUAAUAGCACAUCUCCCCAGAUUAGAACAGCUAAUACUUAGAAACACUGGAAUAUCUUCUAUACACUUCCCUGAUGCUGGAUUUGGAUGCAAGACUAAAAUGUUUCCUUCCCUAAAACGCCUUGCAAUAAAUGACAAUAAAAUAUCACAGUGGUCAUCUAUCAAUGAGCUUGAUAAACUGCCAAGUUUGCGGUCACUGCAGUGUCACAGUAACCCUUUUAUGGACACAGAGAAGAACCCAGAGACCCUGAGACAGCUAAUUAUUGCCAAGAUAAGUCAAUUGGAGGUUUUGAACAAGUCUGAGAUCCUUCCUGCUGAAAGAAAAGGAGCGGAGCUUGAUUAUCGCAAAAUAUUUGGAAAUGACUGGUUAGCAGCUGGUGGGAAUUGGAACCCAGAGAAAAACAAACCAAGUGAAGAAUUUCUUGCUGCCCAUCCCAGAUACCCAUCGCUUUGUCUUAAAUAUGGUGCACCUGAAGAAGGAGAACUGAAGGGACGACAGCCUUCGACUCUGAAAAAUCAGCUUCUGACUUUGACAAUUAAGUGUCCUGAGAAACCUGAACAGAAGCCAGUAGAGAAAAAGCUACCAGAGUCUAUGACUGUUCAGAGGGUCAAAGGAUUGCUGUAUCGCCUCCUUAAAAUUCCUGGUUCAGAACUGAAACUGUCCUACGAAAGUUCUAAACUGGAAGGAAAAGAAGUUGAACUAGACAAUGACUUAAAGCCUUUGCAGUUCUACUCAAUAGAAAAUGGAGACUGUGUGUUAGUACGGUGGUGAGAAGGGACUCUCUUGAUAGACUGAAGGAAAAGCCAACACUGGAACUGCAGAAGAAAGUUACGGACUGCCCACAGACAGUACGGACAGCCUGUGCCUGAACAGACAUAUGGGAGAAUUUGAAUUCAUACGUGGCACUAGAGAGCUAUACAAUAAUACUUUCCGCUCCUAAACUUAAUCGUCAGUCUCCAUGAAAGCAUUUGCUUUUGGCUGAAUUGUCUUACUUGAGAGAUACCAAAUAGUGCUUAAAUCCUUCAGUUAAAUAAAACUCAAGGUUACCCUUUU